GUCCCCAGCGCUCUCCAUUGGUCACAUUCAAUUUUGUGCUCGGAACCAGUCAAAUCCCUGUGCGCAGUCUGAACUGGAAAGUACACGCUGAUUUCCGUAUAAUAUACAGUCGGAACACGAACAUACGCGUAAGAGAAACAUAAGAAGCAAUCCGAUUACAAUUUACUUGACAACAACAUGGCGGACGAAGAGAAUAAUAACGCUACAAUUGGGGAAGAGGCUGCCCCUGCUGAGGAGCAGGGACCAACUCAAGAAGCUGAAAGUGCCGAACCCAAAGAAGCUGAAAGUGCCGAACCCACAGAAGAAACUCAGCCUGAACCGUCAGCAGUGGAAGAUGGGCAAGUGGUAGAAGAAGUUGAGGAAGCCCAGGCUGAAACUCCAGCAGAGGAAGGUGGGCAGAUUGCAGAGGGGGAAGAACCACCUGACGAGGCAGGUAAUGAUAAUAAUAACGCUACAGAAGAAGGGGAUGCUGAAGGGAGAGCGUCAAAAAGAGAUGGAGAACCUGCAGAAGGGGAUGCAGGAGAUGGUGCACCUGAGGGCGAUGAUGGAGACGGCAAGGCUGAGGGUGAGGGAGAGGAGGGUGGGGAGGGGGAGGAAACAACAGAACGGGAACAAACUCCUAGGACGCCCUUACCUCAGAGUGAUACCUUUGCUGAAGGAGAAAGGUUAGAGAGCCCAUUGCCAGGUCGGGUUGGAGAGGCAUUGUCUAGGGAAGGGAGUCCGGUUGAGCAGAUGCAUGCAUCCAUGCCCAAAACUCUGGAGCCAGGGACCCCAGAUAGGGGUAGCCCUGUUGGGGAGAGAGAGCCCCUGACAACAUUUGAUGAAGAGGAUGAGGAGAGGGAAGAUGAUGAGGAGGAAGAGGAGGAUGAUGAGGAAGAAGAACAGCCAGAGUUUGAUAGGGAGGAACUGAUUGAGAGAUAUCAUCAAGCGAUUGUUCAACGGGAGCAGUACCAGCAAAAGAAUUACCAGCUGCAGCACAAGCUUGCAGAGUUCUUCCGGAAAAAGAAGGCAGACGACAGUCGACAGGACUAUGAUAAGAACGUGACCGACCAGGAGCAAAGAUACCUGAAAUAUAUGGCCAACCUGGAGGAUCUGCGCCGACAGGAGCAGCAGGAGAGGGACAACUACAAGCAGCACAUCACAAACAUCAAGUCUCGAUGUGACGAGCGCACAGAAAGUGUAGAUGAGGAGAGACGCAAGUUCAUGGAGUUCAAGAAACACCAGGCCAUGAACGCCGUCAACAGUCGGUCUGGCAGGCCCAUCCCACCCAAGGACAUAGAGGCCUACCUGGCUGCAGAGGAUCGUAAGGACGGAGAGGUGAUCAAUGUGAGACUGGAGAACAUCAAACUGAAGAACAAACUCAAGAAGAAGGAGCACCAGCUCAAGUCUAAGGAAGAGUUGGCAGAGGGUCUCCACUUGAUAGACUUUGAGCAGCUCAAGAUUGAGAACCAAACUUACAAUGAGAAGAUCGAGGAGAGAAAUGAGGAGCUGUUAAAGCUGCGUAAGAAGAUCACGAGCACAGUGCAGGUGCUGACCCACCUGAAGGAGAAGCUGCAGUAUGUGCAGGCCGAGAACCAGAUCCAGAAACGGAACCUGCGGGAAGUGGAGGCCGAGGUUGGACAGAAAAGAGACAUUUUAUCAAGAACAAAACAAGCUCGAGAUGCCCUUCGUAUAGACAACCAGCGUUUACGUCAGAACUGUGGACUUCUAGGCAACGAGUCGUUGUUACGUGAUUUUGAAGAACGGAAGGAUGAGGGCGACGAUCUUAGAAAUAAACUUGAGCAGUUAAAAAUGCAGCAUGCCGAGCUCACACUGCAUUGCAACCAAGUGCGACGAAAAAUAGAACAGGCCAAAGGUGGUCGGGCUUAAACAAAUGUUAUUUGAAAUAUUGUUGUUAUACAGCAUUUACCGUACUGAAACAACAUUCUGUGGUUAUGUGUGUAAGGACACAUUGUAUUUUGUUUGUAUGAAGUCGAUGAACAAUGUUGUUUUUUAAUAUGUUGUACUUAACUGUGAUAUACAUGUAUGUGAUAAAUUAAACAAAUUACAAAGUUUA